AAACGAACCAACAAGAAAAGAAGACUUAUUCGUCUUAGAAGAGCGAGUGUAUUUAUUUGAGAUAACAGUCAUCAGCUAUUUAUCAGACGGGAAUUGAAAGCCUAUUUAUUUGAAUUAAGAGAAUAACGUAUACAUCGUACGACUCUACAUAAUUUAUUAAUCAUGUUCAGUGUGAUUCCAUUGUUAUCGGGUGCCGUCAAGACUCUGAAUAUAACAUUCAGAAGUAAAGAAUUUGCACAAGAAAUUCUUAAACAAUAUGACAUGCCAAAAUCAUCCCUGGAGCAAGUAAUGAAGCUCUUAGAAGAAGACAUGGAUAAUGGACUCUCAGCAGACCCUAAAGCCAGGGAAAACUCACCAAUUAAAAUGCUUCCUACAUAUGUACGCAGAAUGCCAGAUGGUUCCGAAUCAGGAGAUUUUUUAGCCUUAGACCUUGGUGGCACGAACUUUAGAGUUCUUCUUGUUCAAGUACUAAAUGGCAAAGUUCACAUGGAGAGCGAGAUCUUUCCCCUUGAUCAAACACUCAUGACAAGUGAUUCCAUCACUCUGUUUGACUAUAUUGCAGACUGUAUUACACUGUUUGUCAAGAAGAAGUCCCUACAGGACAAGACUCUUCCCUUAGGGUUUACGUUCUCAUUCCCUGUGCAACAGCUUAGUCUAACAUCAGGACUGUUGAUAAGGUGGACCAAGGGGUUUUCUGCGGGUGGAGUUGAGGGUGAAGAUGUGGUCAGGUUGCUGAAGGAUGCUCUUCACAGGAAGAAUAGCCAUAGUGUAGAUGUGGUUGCCCUAGUCAAUGAUACUACUGGUACAAUGAUGGCAUGUGGUUUUGAUGAUCGCAAUGUGAUUGCUGGAUUAAUCCUUGGCACAGGAACCAAUGCAUGUUACAUGGAGAGCUUGGACAAUGUGAAAAAAUGGAAUGAGGAGAGAGGGUGCAGUAAUGAAGUGAUCAUUAACACCGAGUGGGGAGCAUUUGGUGACAGUGGUGUGCUGAACUGGAUAAUAACAGAGCAUGACAAGAAGAUCGACGUCGAGUCCAUCAACCCAGGCCAGCAAGUGUUUGAGAAGAUGAUAUCUGGUAUGUAUCUUGGGGAGCUGGCUCGUCAUAUCUGUAUGGAUCUUAUUCAUAGAGGUCUCUUACUCAAUGGUAUUGCUUCAAACAAGUUAAAGACAAAAGGGAGUUUCCUCACCAAGUUUGUGUCAGAUAUUGAGAGUGGAGAUGAAAACAAGCUUCAACAAGUUCUAAAAGAACUGGAUGUCAAGGCUACUGCACGUGACCAAGAAAUCCUGAGGCACAUUUGCACUGCAGUGUCUAAGAGAGCUGCCAGGCUGGCCUCAGCUGGUCUUGCUACCAUCGUCAAGAAAACAAAGGCAUAUAAUAGCACUAUUGCUAUAGAUGGUACCUUGUUCAAAAAGCACCCCAAGUUCAAGCCCUACAUGCAGGAAGCUCUAAAAGAACUUUUGCCAGACAGCCACCUGAAGCUCAUGCUGUCUGAGGAUGGAUCAGGGAAGGGAGCUGCUUUGAUUGCAGCAGUUGCAGCGCACACGAAGUCCCACUAGACUAGGGGUACUUAGAGUUAGGGAAUUUCAGGGAACUGCUUUUUAGAAAAAAAAUUCACUCGAAGUCCCACUAGAUUAUAAAAAUGUACACAAUUGGGCGCGAGCCAGGAUUUGUCGAGGCAUUGGCAUAAAUACAGUAGCUUAUCUAAUUUGAAAAAAAUAUACGGAAAAAAAAAACUCGAGUCUAUGGUUUGGUGAUUCUCCUAGCAAAAAGACCACAUGGCCACACGCCUGCUCAUUUGUACGUCUGUUUUCAUAUGGAGUUUCAUACUUCUACAAUAUCUUGAAAUUUUUUGGAGCUUUUUUAUGUAAUUGAACAUAUAGGAAUGUAUAUAUAUAUAAAUGUAGCAUGGGCAUAUUCAGACUUUGGUAUGAGUAUUAGAAAACUAUGACUAUACGUUUUUGAUACUUUUUUUUAACGGAAAGAAAAAGAGGGAACCGGCGGUGAUGUAUGCAGAGACUUUUUGUAUUCGAACAGUAUGAUAAUGCAUGCACAAGAGGAAAACAGACAAAAAGUUAGUUUCCAGUGUUGGUGAUGGUUGUUUCUGCCCUCGCUGGAAAUGAAACCUGGUUUGAUUGCUUACCAAGCCUGGUUUGAUUGCUUACCCAGCCUAGUUUGACGGCUUACCUAGCCUUAAUGUAUCCAUCAUAUAUCAAUGUUCAAUUGGACGUCAGCCGAAAUUUGACAAUAAACAUACUAUUUACAAA